AUUUUCAAACAGACAAAUGAGUUAAUGUUUUUUUUAAAAGUCUCAGAAAUACAAAUACCUGUUAGUAGUCGAUAUACAGUCAAUAUAUGAUUCAUAUAGAGUUAGACUAUGAGAUAAAUUCAAAUUAUUUUUGUAAUUCAAUUAAUAUUAUCAGUGAAUGUCAUUUAGUUUAAUUUUUUUUAAAUAAAUAGUGUUUUUCAAUAAAGAAAACCUCAAUCAGUGAACACAUUUUUUGACUAACAAUAAAAAACUUUUUUGAAUUGAUUAAUGCCAUCAUUAUGUCGGGUAUGGACAGGAAGACAAUACUAAGUGAAGAUAUUGACAUAUAUGCCGGUUAUCACAUCCAUUCACAGAAGUUGGGCGAAGGCGGUUUCGGAACGGUUAGAUUGGGCACACAUAUAAUUACCGGCCAGAAGGUUGCCAUCAAACGUAUGGAUAAGCAAAAGUUAGGGUCUGACUUACCCCGAGUUAAGACCGAAACACUGGCACUCAAACAAUUGGAUCACAAAAAUAUUGCAAAACUAUUGCAAAUCAUUGAAACCAAUAAGUAUUACUAUUUGAUUCUUGAGUAUUGCAGCGGUGGUGAACUAUUCGACUAUUUAGUUUCAAAGACUCAUUUGACAGAAAAUGAAACCAAAGAUAUUAUGAAUGAUAUGUUUGAUGUACUCGACUAUAUCCAUAACACUGGUUUCGCGCACCGGGAUAUUAAACCGGAAAAUAUUAUGUUUGACAAGAAUCAUAAAAUCAAACUAAUCGACUUUGGACUGGCCGCACACUGUCGGGCUACAAAUAAUUCAAUGGUUCCAUUGAUGACAGCCUGCGGUAGUCCAGCUUACGCGGCACCGGAACUAUUGCAUGGAAGGGGUUAUUUGGGUUCGGCAGUGGAUAUCUGGAGUACUGGUGUCCUCUUAUACACAUUGCUUACCGGAACUCUGCCUUUUGAUGACAUCAGUCUACCUGUUCUUUAUAGUAAAAUACAGUCGGGUUUUUAUCCAAUUCCUCUAAGUAUUUCCAAAGACGCUCAGCAUCUGAUCUCUCGUAUGUUGGAUGUGAAUCCACAAACUAGAGCUACAAUUUAUGAACUGAAGACACAUCCCUGGCUUUGCCAUUACAUGAGUCGAGAGUCUAUUGUGAACAUUGGUUAUGAAGUGAGACCAUCGCAUAUGAAUGUCUUAAAUAUCUGUAGACUAAAGUUUCCACAAAUCAAUGACAACGAAUUGGAGCGAAAUUGUCUAACAAGUUAUGGCUAUACAACGGCCACCUAUUAUCUAAUCAAAAGAAAUAUGGAUCUCUUUCAGAAACUGCAACAGGAUUUGGCUCCUUCUUUACCUAAACUUGAAGCCAGAAAUCGACGAAGAAGUCGAAGUGUCGAUACGUGUUCGUCGUCUUCAGACGUCAGCCAAACUGACAUUAAGAAACAAAAGAUGGACUUUAAUACUCUUAAGACUUAUCGUUUGAGAGCCGAUACAGCACUCUAUAACAAUGGCAGUCCAUUCAGGACUCCGGGAAAAUUGCCGUUCAAUAGAGGCGUCAGUCCAGUGGCCAGAGAUUCGCAGCAAUUGAUUAGAAAUAUGGCUAAUAAUACGGCAAUUGGUGUGACUUCUCAACGCAAAAAUCCGUUAACAAUGGCCAACAACAACAAUACACCGAACCGAUCGACAAAUAGUCCAACAAAUGGCUAUUCAAAUACUUCAGGAUUAGCUGAGAAGUCGUGCGAAAAGAAGACACUGCUUAAGAGAUUUCUUGAAUCGGCGACACCGACCAAGAGUCGUAAGCCACGUAUACUGAAAUUGUCGGACGACCAGCCAAAUGUGACCCGAACCAAGUUCACUGACCCGAAACUAUUGACCCGACAGAUCAGUGAAAUACUGAAGGUUCGCGGUGUCAGCUUUACACACAAAUCCAAUUUUGUACUAAAAUGUCAAAUCAAAUCAAUGAAUACAAGUAUAUUGUCGUUCAAUCUGGAGAUCUGUCAAACAGAUGAUCAUUGGCUUGUGAUUCAUAGAAAACGACUUAAAGGCAACUCUUGGGAGUACAAGAAGGUCUGCCAAGUGAUCGACAAAAUAUCUGUAAUAAAUGAAGGAUUGUCUACUUUUUUAUAAUUAUUAUCAAAAAUA